GACUCAGCCACCUUAUCCCUGGUAGCCUGACGGUGCCAGCUUUAGCCUGGCCAAGUUUCCCACAUCUUCCUUGCCCCACUGCUUUCCAUCAUGGCCAUCUCAAGGGACCUACUGUCUCAGGAGAGUAGGACUUGGGGAAAUGCCCAGUGACAUAAACACCCAUCAGACAGCUAUUUCCCCCACCCUCAGUCCAUGUCUCACCUCUGAUGUAACAAUAAUCCUUAAUAUUAUUGGGGUUUUUUUUAAGGUUAAUUGGCAGGUUACAAUAUGGGGGCUGGGGUUUCCUCUCCUUGCAAAACACAGGCAGAUCUGCUUGGGUGGUCUAGCUGAUAGUGUGGGAUGACCUCUGGAAGGGAUUUGGGGGACAGACCUUGGUCUUUUGAGCCAGGGCUGUUGGAGAUCACAGGGACCUGGGGUCAGAUUGGGGUCCUGACAGUGAGCACUGUUGGGUGUGCUGGUGCUGUUUCAAGGAGGGGAGGGAGGUGACCUUGGAGUGGUGGCUGAUGGGGCAGUGGGUGACCUGUGUCAUAAAAGAGCUGGGUAUGCACAGCUUGGUGUUUAUCUCCUUCUUCCACCACAGCACCUGGAUGUGAGGCAGCAUCAGGUCUUUGGGGGUUGAGUUAAAUACAGGUUUGACAUUACAAAAAAAAUACAACAAAACAUGGUAAUUGUUGGAGGUGCCUAAAAAAGGUUGGCAACAUGAACUCAUAUCUGGCUGGGGACAGGGGUAUAAUUUUGUCCCGGGUCAAAAGGAAAAUACAUCCCACAGUAGCUGUGGCAGGGGUCAGGCAGGGAAGAAGAGGGAAAACAUCUGCCAAAGGUGUGAGUGAGAGUAAACGACUCAGUGGUGACCACCUCGAGACCGAGGGGCCAUGGGGAAAGCAGUGGGACCUCCCUGUUUAGGGGGCAGGAGGAAGAUGCUCAUCACACAUGGCACCUUGCAGUCCUCACAGGGCAGAUACACAUAGUCUUCUGGCUGGUGAUGAUGGGGGGAGAAGGUAGGAGAUUUUGGAGAAUGAAAUUAAGCUGGCACCCACAAGAGCAGACUGACAAAUCUGGUUUCACAAGGUGCUCUGUCCAGCCACAGUGGUGGCACAGCACAAGGCAUGCUUUCUGGAUGCUGUUGUCUACAGUUGGUACAUCCCGGGCAAAUUCAGAUAACUCGCCAUUUACAGAGCCCUGACUCAAUCAUUAUUGCUCAAGUUUCCUUCAAUCACUUAUUUUGCAGUGCCACCAUCUCCUGUGAAUCCCUGUAAACCUGCAGUGUGCCCAUGUUCCCUGGGCACUACACUCACCUCUGAGAAUUUGGGAUCCUGUGCCAAGGGGCCAUUGCAGGUGACUGUGGGGAGAGCCCAGCUGGCAGAGCAGAGAUGCAUUGCCUGCUUCAAAGCAACCUGCUUGCACAUGCAGCAGAGGGGGGGUGUUGUGGGCACAGAAGAUUUAGCUGUGGGCUAAAUACAGGGAAGGAAGCUGCCUUCCUUCUGCCCGUGCUGGGGCAGAAGGAAAAGCCAGGUAUGUGGCUGGGGCAUACUGGUCCUGUCCUACUCCACAUGGGCAGAGAGCUGUGGUCGCACUGUCACCUCUGGAGGUUUGCAAACUCCCUCUUGUAGUACCUGUGAGUGAGGAGGGUCCAUCUGUGCUGCUGCCUCAUGGUGCUGUUUGGAGUAGGUGGUCCAUGCUACCACCAAGAAUCCCUGGGGUAUAUGUAGCGUGUGUAUAUGUGUUCAUAUCUAUAGAAUUGCCUAUACAUGCCCAUACACAUGUGCACAUGUUGUUGCCUGUGUUUUCCAGAGCAGAGGUUUCAUCUCCCCUCUGUCCAGUAGCUGGAAGGAGAGCUGGGAUGUUACACUCCCUCCUUGCAGGGGAUGAGAUGCUCCAUAUCCACCUCCAUUUAGUAUUUCCCUUCUCCCUUGCCUGAGUGGGCAAGAAAAUAGACAAAGUCCUUUCCUUCCAGCAUGGUUUUGUGCUCCUGCCCCAAUGUACAGGAGAAGGCUGAGACCUGGCAAGGGAAUCAUCCCCUGUGGGUUUCAACACCCUGGCCCAUGACACAGGGCUAACACCAUUCCCAAGUGCACUGGUUAGGAGGAUGCCAUCUCUGGGACAGGGUCCAGUGCUUGGCGUGGGUGACGCCGUAGUUGUUUGUGUGUGUCAUGGCGGGAAGUGUGUGAAUGGAAUAAAUUUAGCAGUCAAAACACAGGGUCAGUGCAGUCAGUCAUUAACUGCCAGCCCGUCUCGUCAUCCUGCAACCACAGGGAGCUUUUUUAGGGCCGACGUCCUGGCGGAGGGCAGAGGAAGCGUGGGAGGCCAGUUCCCGGUGACAUCUCCACGCGUGGCAGCGCUGCCCGCUGGUGCCAUUGGCUGCCCCCUGCCCGGGGCUGACACUGGCCAGCGGUUAAAUGCCUGCAUGACCACGCUGGGGCACACAGCCCAGAGCAUCCCAACACAGGCAGCUGGCUCAUCCCAUCCCCAGCACCGGAGGAGACGUGGACUCGCACUACACCUUAAGCCACAGGGACCACAGGUGACAUGAGGGUGGCUACAUUCCUGGUGCUGCUCCUCUGGGCCGUGGCCAGCGCUCACCCCGUGCCUGGCCAUGAGUCCACCCAUCCCAGCGCCCAGCAGGAGGACACAGCAAAUGAAGAGCACGUCAACAAGCUGGGCAACCUCCUAAAUGGUGGAGAUGGCAGACAUCCUCCUGUUGGUGUGGAGAGGGGGGACAAUGCCCUUGCCGGGGACCUGAUGGGUGGGAAUGCUGUGGAUGAGGAGCUCGGUGAGCACAGUGGCCGAGACAAGGGAGACCGAGUUGGGCAGGCUCAGCACGUGAAUCAGGUGGAUCACGAGGAUGCAAGUGCCCGCAAUGGGAACGACCUUGGUUUCCUGGAGGGGGAUGCACGUGAUACUGAUGAUGGUGACAACGGAGACCAUUACGGCACUGGAGCCAAUGGGCUUCCCUCCCACGCCGGCGGGUUCCUGGAUGAGGAGGAUGACAGUGGGGAUGACACCUUUGAUGGGAAUGGGGAAGAGGAGAGGGGAGAAGGUCCUACUUACGUGGCUGGUGCCGAUGGGGCGGGUGAACCCGACCGUGAUGCUGGUCGUGGGGAUGCCGGGGCUGGCAGAGGGCAUGGCGACAGCAGCAGCAGCAGCAGCAGUGAGAGCACUGGGGCAGACCACCGGCGGUACAGGAACUACAUGGGCAGCUGGUAUGAGCGGAGCUACAGGCAGGGAGGGGCCAGCAGCAGCAGCCAGGAGGAGGAGAGCUAUGACUUUGAGGACGGAGCCAUGCAAGGUGACGACCCCUCUGCCUUUGACAGCUGGGGCAGCAGCUACAGGGUGCGCCAUGCUGGCCGCCGUGCCCUGGGGAACAGCCGAGAGGGCGUCCAGGGGGUUGGCUCCCACCACUGGGAGGAGGGUGACAGCAGGUCCCCAGAGGUGGAGGAUGCUGACUCUGGAGAAGACAGCCCAUCCAUGGAAGACAACAGUCAGUCAGAAGAGCCUGUUGACAGUGAAUCAGAGGAUAAAAGCCCCAGCCGCUCUAGGGAGGAUGGGGAUGAGGAGGACAGCCCCUCCAGCGAGGAUGAGGACAGCAGAUCCAGGGAAGGCACUGAUGACCAGUCAGAUGAAGAACCACAGGAGUUCCCAGAUGUAGUGAGCACAUUGAACGAGCAUAGCAACAGCCAGACCUGGGAAGGGCAAGAGGACUGGGAGUCUGCUGAGGACAGGAGUGUGCCAUCCAUGCCUGACAGCGAGUCUGAAGAAGAAGAGGGUGACCAGAGCAAGUCCAGGGAAGAUGAUGAGGACCAGACCCAGUCCAUAGAGGACACUGUGGAGGAGUCACGGGAGGACGAGAAUGACUCUGACUCUGCGCCAAGCACAUCAGGCGAGAGCCAGAGUGCAUCCCCAGAGGAUGACAGCAGCCCAGAGGACAACACUGGUGAGGACAGCAGGUCCCCAGAGAGUGACAACAGUGAGUCCCAGGAGGAGGAUGGCAAUGAGGAGAGCCACUCCCAGGAGGAUGCCACCCACGAGACCAGCAGCCAUGAGGAUGACAGCUCGCUGCAGAGCCUGGAGAGUGGGAUUCGCAAGCGGCGGCUGGGCGCUCUCCGCCGCAAACCUGCUGCUGACUAUGAUGACAAUGACUGCCAGGAUGGGUACUGAUAUGUGCCCCACAGCCUCAUUGGUGUGGGGGGGGUUGGGGGAGGAGGGGUUUAAUUUAUUUGCCAUAUAGCCUGGUUGACUUCUUCUCAAGAAGAUGCUGUGGUUAAAAUGGAGUCAGGUUCGCCAGAGCUAGACCUGGGCACACUGCACAGGGUGUGAAGAGGUAGGUGAUGCCAGGCACAGGGAAAAUGCCAAACCACAGCAAGAAAUGGCAUUUUCUGAACAGCUGUGAAUGCCAGCAGGGUGAUGCUGCCCACUUGUCCCAAGGGCACAGUGGUGGCUUGGCACUCCUGGGCAUGUUGGGCAGAAAGGUCCCUGUGUUCACCCCUUAUAUUUACCUACUAUGGCCCUAAAAACCUCUGCCAAGACUCCAGCUGGAGCUUUCUGUUAGCUCCAUGUCCUGCACAUAAAAAGGAAAAGCUACAGCUGGUAGGCAUAUGUGGUUCAUGGGUGCAGGAGGGUGUGAAGUACCACUUCAGGAUGGGAUGUAUGUAAUAUUUUGUAAGAAAUGUACAGAAAACAUUAUAUUGUACCCUUUUUGCACUUGUAUUUCAAAGCCGAAAUGUACCCUGUUGAUUUCUUUAAUUACCAUUAAAACCACCAAACUCCA